GCCGUUAUCAUCGGAGCGGCCCAGUCUGCCUCGCUCGCCCGCCCGACGCGCGCGGACCUGCUAACGCAACGCACACCUAACGCUAUACUAACGCAAACAUAACGCGAGUGCCUGCGGUUUAGUGACUUGGAUUGUAUCGUUACUAGAUUGCUGCCUUCGGAAUGCCAGAUUAGAUAACAGCGCGAUAACGAAACCGUCGCCAUGAAUGAACGAAGACAACACAGAUAGCAAAACGCUCUCGCACAAAACAAAAUGAUCGGAAACGUGGUCUUAUUGUGAGUCCAGGAACAAAGAGGUGUUAUAAAUGCAGUGUUAACAGUGUUUACAGUGUUUUGGUUUUUCGGUGAUGUGUCAGUGUUAGUGAUGGGUUGCCAGUUGGGUAAAUUGGCUGCCUCGGAGCGGAGGGGCGCGGGGGCAGCGGCGCCGGCCAUCGCUGACGGGCCGCCGCCGGCGACCGACCCGCGGCUGCCGCUGACGGCGAAGCAGAAGUAUUCCAUGCUUGCCUCGUGGAAGGGCAUAUCGAGGGCUAUGGAGAAGACCGGAAUUUGCAUGUUUAUAAAACUAUUCGAAGAGAACCAAGACCUGCUGAACAUGUUCGAGAAAUUCCGCCAAUGCCGGACGAAGGAGGAGCAGAUCAACUCCAUGGAGCUGGCGGAACACGCCAACAACGUGAUGAACACGCUGGACGAGGGGAUCAAGGGGCUGGACGACCUGGACAACUUCUUUGAAUACAUACACCAGAUAGGCGCCAGCCAUAGGCGGAUACCGGGAUUCAAAGUGGAAUAUUUUUGGAAAAUCGAGGCUCCCUUCCUUGCGGCCGUCGAGUCCACAUUAGGCGACCGCUACACACCGAAUGUCGAAAACAUCUACAAAAUAACCAUAAAGUUCAUCCUAGAAACGCUCGUCGAAGGCUUCGAGAAGGCUGGCAACAAAACGUGAGCUGCCAUAAACUAGAAAAAAAAAAGAA